AUGUGCAUCUACAUCCAAACCAUUCCCCUAUGUGGCCACCCACCACCAACGCUCCUCUCCUACGCCUCCUGCAACAACGUCCUCGCGCAGCUGAUGCGCAUCACCGAGCCCGAGGCAUGGGAGCCGGAGAAUGUGGGCAAGAUCCCCUUCGACAUGCCGGACGACUGUGACCCAGGCCCGGACAACAUCUACGUCCUGUACUCGGACGACUACUGCGGGUGGGAGUGUCGGAACAACGCGUACCAGGUUGCUGCUGGGCUCCGGGACUUUGGUGGGGAAGUUGGGGGUUUUCUGCCCGCUUGUUUCCCGGGGGACGAGAGGCGCCAAUUUUCGACCGUCAGAACGAACUAG